AUUUACCAUUACGAUUGACUGAACGUAGAAGUCGAUAGUAUCAUAAGUGAAAACUAAGGACAGUGGCGUAUAAUAUGUUCUUCCUCUCCCAUUUUCUUCACAUAGUGCAAUUGUGAACAUGUAGGUAGUCCAUGCCCGCCCCUAGGAGUGAUUACCGCUCCUCAUUCAGAGCUAGGCGUGAUUACCUCUUUAACACCAAGAGUUUGGAAGGAUCUUGGUGUAUGACUCCAGAUGCAAGGAGGCACAGUCCUCGUUUCGAAGUAUGUAAUAAAACAAUCAUGAUGCGACGGAUAGCUCGGCGGUUUUCCCUCAUUCCCGUUUAUCCGCUGCUCCGAACCGUUUAGGUAGAAAGCUUGUAGCUAGGACUAUAAUAUAAGUCCCGCCGCCUAGAUCCAAAUUUUGGGACGAAAGCAUCCGGUAGUAGUGAAGGCGCGCGGGCAUAAGCCUUUCUUUUCUUAAAGACAAAAUGACACCACCAACCAACCACAUGCUGGAUGAGGCGCAGAUCAAAUCACUCCUUGUGCGCGAGCGCUACUACCGGGAUACCUGUCAGUGGGAAAAGCUGAGGGCUUGCUAUCACCCGGAUGCGUCGAAAACACGUAUCGAAAUUACCUGGUUUCAAGGGGAUAUCGAUGGAUUCGUUGAAGGAUCCAAAGUUAUGGCCACAGGCGGAACGGGCGCUGUUCAUACUAUCUGUCCAGUUGAGGUCCAUCUUCACAGCAAGAAGGCUCUUUCUGAAUCAACAGGGUCAAUUUCCAUCCGCUUCCAACACGACGGGACCUUUUUUGACUGCGUGUCAUACACUCGAUUCAUUUCUCGACUCGAGUACAUCGGAGAUGAAUGGAGGCUGCUCACGUUGGAGGCAAUUUAUGACCGCGACUUGAUUACGCCUGUAAUCCCUCAGGGGACGGCCAAGUUCCAAUUCCCUAAGGAUGCUAGGAACAGCUAUAGAUGUAUCUCUUGGGUUUUGUUCCAGAAAGGCUUUUCUAUCAAGCAGGAUUUACCCGGUAUCGAUGACCCUACUUCGUGUGCACAAUUGAUGGAAGCUAGCUUCAAGUGGCUGGCCAAAUGAAGCUUUGUCAGACCCCACCAAAAGCGCACGUUUACUUCGGUGGUUUUGAAGGUUCUCACUGUUUGAUUUAGGAUAGCCUCAAUACAAGGAAUAUCCAUGUCUUAGUUUAACAAGAUUAUUGUCACCACGCUCU